CUAUAAUAUGAUAAGCAGUGCUUCUCGGAGUUACAUUAAACCGGGCUAUAUGAAGACUAAUAUUCCUCUUAUCAUCAUUUUCUGUCUUUAAUCUUGUCUUCAAUAUCAUCACUAGCUUUAUGUAAAAGUUAUCAAUCACUAAUCCAAUCCACUGCAUUUUCAUUGUCCUGGAGUUUUUCCCAUUUUCAAUAUCCAUUACUUAUCAGAUGGCUAUGUUAAUAACCAAGAGAUCAUGUCAAACUCACCAUUGAUUGCUCCUUCAUUCAAUUGAAAACUGGGUUCUUUUUUAUCUCUCUAGCUGUAAAAGUGAAGAUUAAAUCAUCAGCCUGCUAAAAUAGUCUUUAAAUAGUAAAUUCAACACAAAUUCUGCAUAAAUUUUCUCAUCGAUUCCAGUGAAGCAUUCAUCUGUUACAAAUUUCUCAGUGAUAAUCGUAUCUGGUGCUAAAUUUACAGCCAUGCCAAAAAAAUACCACUUUCUUAUAACCGCUACAAACUCUUAUGGUCCAAUCAAUGCAGCUUUGGGAUUUGGUGAAUUGCUACAGCGACAGGGACAUCACGUUAUUUUCGCACAUCUAAGAAAAUUUAGGCAUUUUUCUGAAUCUCGAGGUAUCGAAUUUUUGCCAUUUUCUGAAGGACUUCUUAGGACCAAUGAUUCUUUUAUAAAUUUGAUGGAUAGCUGUCCUGACAGCAUACGAAAAAAUCCUCUGGAACGUUACAGGAACUACUCUGAAGCCGAUAAGGAAAGGUUAUCGCAUAUGGUGGCCGAGUAUCGAAGACUUGAGUCUUGCAUUCAUAAAAUUAUUGCAGUUCAUCAGACUCAAUUUGAUGCCCUGAUCCAUGGUUGGUGUGAUUUUACAAGCUCCUUAUUUGUAACAAACCACACGGUCAUAUCUUUACAAACAGCAAACCCUCUCAAUCUAUAUCACAACGGUCCACCUUACGGGUUUGGUUUGUCUACAACAAGCGAUAAAAGGCUUUGGAAAGAGGUUGCCCAAAAUUUUUUGGAAGCCAAUUCAGUUAAUAUUGAAAAAACAAAUGAAAUGCUGCGUUCAAUGAAAAGACCGCCAGAAUUUAAUCCUCUAAAAAUGGUUCUUCCACCCAAAUCAGUUGGUUUCUACUAUUAUCCAGCUCAAUUGGAUUAUGAAGAGUGUUUACCCAGAGAGCCAGCUUGGCAUCGAGUUGAUUGCUUCAUUAGGUCGCCUGGUGUUACACCACUUGCAAUACCACGGGACUUUUUCAAUAAACCUGGAAAAUUGAUCUAUUUUACACUUGGAACAGCUGUUUCAAAUGAUUUGGGAAUAAUGAGAGACAUAAUCAGUGUCUUGGCCAAAUCUCCCCAUAAAUUUAUCGUCUCUAAAGGUUUUCGUGGUGAUCAACUCGAGUUGGCUGAUAACAUGUGGGGUGAAAAUUAUGUUGACCAAAUACGAGUUCUUGAAUUGGUUGAUUUGGUUAUAACAAAUGGCGGUAAUAGUACUUUCAUGGAGACGCUUUAUUUUGCUAAACCACUCGUCAUCAUUCCUUGUUUCCUCGAUCAAAUGGACAAUGCACAAAGAGCUGUUGACAAAAAGAUUGGAUAUCGUAUCAAUCUUUGGGAGUUUAGCGAGCAGCGUCUUUUGGAUGCUAUUGAAAACGCUUUAAAAGACGUUGAAAUGCAUAAUCGAAUCAAAGAAAUCUCGCAAAGCAUGAGAAACUCAGACAGUGGCGUACAAGCUGUUAGAACGAUUGAGCGAGUAAUUGAAGAAGCAAAAAGCAAAAAUCCAAGACACUACUGACAAGAUUGUUUUUUCAAUUUCACUCGAUGGAAUCAGCUUCACCUUAUCAUGAACUUGAUGUCAUUUUAUCAUUUACUUAUAUCUGGAAAAUCGUCGUCUUCUAGAAAACCCAAUUUUUCUUGUCUUUUAAAUUUAAUCUACUUUUAUGUUUUAAAAUCAUGUUUUUGGGUUGAACAACCCAAUUCCAUAAAAAAUCCCAAUCAUAAUUCCUCAAGUAUACAAUAUUUGACCAAUAUUAUUAUCAACACUUGCCUAAAUGUAUACUGUAUUGUGAAAGUAUUCAAUUGUCAAUUUUAAUUCCAUUUACAGGAACAUUUAAAUUUAAAUUUAAUGUCUCUAUAUUAUAUGAUAUUCAUAA